AAACCUCUUGACGUUACGGACCAAACCAAUGGCCGUGGCUUGCUGACAACUGGGCAAACCGAGUCCUCUCGUCUCCUCUCCUUUCAUCAUUCACAGCAAUUUCCAUGAGAAUUCAUGGCGCUCCCUCACAUCCGGACACACCGACCAAUAGACAGGCGGACAGGAGUGCCUCAAAUCUCUGGCAUGCUCGCCGGAACAAGCUUUGCCCCCUGUUCGACACAGUAGCACGGAAUGGUGAUGACGGGACACGGCCAAACUGGGGUUUCAGGCUCAAGCUCGAGUUUCGGGCUGAGUGUCUGCGGAGCAGCAGCAGGAAGUAGAACGUUUCUAUGGCGUGCCUAGAAUCUUAGACGACGCGACGUGGAGGUCAGCGCGCUGCGAGUGAACGCUUAUGGAUCAUGCAAUGUACCACAUUAGUAGUAGCUGUUAGCCGGUCUUCUUUCCGACGCUCCCGAUUUGAGCCUGUGAUAUAAGUCUCUGUUAGGAAGAUAUCAGACGAUUUCAAAAGCUAGAAAACAUUCAAGCCGUCGUCGUCGUCGCGACUUAGACCUCGCCGUCGUCGUCGCCGUCGUCGCCGCGUCUUCGCGAAUUCAGAUCGCCCACGAUGGGCUGCUUCUGUUUUGGUAGUGGCCCUCGCGACCCAUCCCCACCGCCGCCACAGACCCACCCGGCCGUCUUGAGAACGCCGAGCGACGCCGCGAAGAGCCCGAGAGCGUUGAAGCGGCAGACGUCCAACACCGCAGCAGAUUCUACUAAAACCUCGUUACCGGAUCCAACAGCCGUCGUACCGAACCCAACCGUCGCGGUUUCCGCGUUACCGAGUCCAACCGUUCUACCGAACCCUAAUGCUGGCCCCGCCCCGCUUCCGUGUCCCGACAGCGGGCCAUUAUCCGCGGAUACCCUUCAUGUGACUGUAUCGAAUGGU